CUGAUAAUUGUUUAGUCUCUUUAUAGGUGGAUAUUUCUUAAAUUAUCACCUGAACUUUUCAAUUUUUUGCAGAAUCGAAGAUGAAAACUGGAAAAGUAUUCUAAUUCAGAAUUUUUUUUUAAGAAAUGUGUUUAUUAUUUUGUAAAUUACCAGUCAGAAUUGGCUUAAACUUUAAAGUUCUUACUUUACGCAAAUGUUAUGCAAAUGUAUUCUUUUUGAUCUGUAUAAGAACGUCAAAUACAUAGAAAUAUUUAGGCCAUAUAUAUUAAAGAAGAAACGUUACAUAAUAACCAUUCCAUUUUUAACAAAACAACAAUUACUUUUUAAACUUGAAAAUGUUAUAUCUUAGACAACCAU